AUGCCCACCGACCUCAGCGGCACCUGGAACCUGCUCAGCAGCGACAACUUCGAGGGCUACAUGCUGGCCUUGGGUAUUGACUUUGCCACUCGUAAGAUAGCCAAGUUGCUGAAGCCACAGAAAGUGAUUGAGCAGGAUGGGGAUUCUUUUACCAUCCACACGUACAGCAGCCUCAGGAACUACCUUGUUAAAUUCAAAGUUGGAGAAGAAUUUGAUGAAGAUAACAAAGGCCUGGAUAACAGAAAAUGCAAGAGUUUGGUUAUCUGGGAUAAUGACAAACUCACCUGUGUCCAGAAAGGGGAAAAGAAGAACAGAGGCUGGACCCAUUGGAUGGAAGGGGACAAACUCUACCUGGAAAUGUUCUGUGAAGGCCACGUGUGCAAACAGACGUUCCAGAGAGCCUGAUCCAUGGCCAGCAGCAGAGCCCUCUUGUGGCUGCAGCUUAGUGCCAAAUCGUAUUGCAGAAUGAACAGGUGUUCAUCUGCCCUGGUUUGGAGAUGGGGCUUGUGGUUGGAGAGAUGUCACA